CAACAACCUAAUGACAAACAUCUGUUAAGUUUUCAAGUAUAGAGAGAUAUUAUUGAUGGAGAACAACCCUAGUUCAUCUAGAACUGAUAGAAAAACCAUUGAGAGAAAUAGGAGAAAUCAAAUGAAAGCUCUUUAUACAAAGCUCAAUUCUCUUGUACCUCAUCGAACCCCUAUGGAAGCGACAUCACUGCCUGAUCAGCUAGAUGAAGCGGCCAACUACAUAAAAAGGUUACAGACGAACUUGGAAAAAAUGAAGGAAAGGAAAGACAGCUUAAUGGGAAUUGAAAAGCCGCCUAGUAACACAGGCAUGAGUAGUGGAAGAACAAUGGAGGGAUUUAGAUCACCGCAAAUUGAGGUUCGCGAAAUUGGUUCUGCUUUGGAGGUUGUUUUGAUAACUGGGUUGGAUUUUCAGUUCAUGUUUAAUGAAACGAUUCGGUUGCUUCAUGAAGAAGGAGCUGAAAUUGUUAGUGCUAGCUUCUCCGUUGUUCAUGAUACUGUCUUCCACACCAUACAUUCAAAGGUUGGAGAUUCUGAUCAAGUGGGUAAUGGAGCAGCUAGAAUAUCUGAGAGACUAAAGAAGUUUGUCCACGAUGACAGUGCCUUUUGAAGUGUAAAUAUGAUGAUUUCUCUUUAAUGAAGAAAAUUUGUAAAAAUUAUUACUCAAUAUCUUUGCAUCUAUGUGCUAGCUAGCUCCAUAUCAAAACCUAAAUUAAUGGUUAAACUAGUAGAAAUUCCUCACUAAUGAGUAGGGAUCUUUCCUUCAAAUUCUUAGCAUUUUGGGUUUUGUCGAUGAAAUUGAUAGCUAUUCCAGCCAUAACGAUGAUCACCGACCCUAGUUAAACCGUGUUAAUUAGAACUUUAAUGAACUAUUAUAUUCUAGUUAAACUAGAACUAGAGGCUUUAUAGUAGUUGAUCCGGUAACAUGCUUGAAGCUUCAUUUUGGUUUGAAGUCAUUAUCAUAAUUGCUUGAGUUUAAAUUUCAUGUCUUACUAGAAAUUUGUAUGUUUGAUAGCUUUAGAUGAAUCUUCUAUUAAUUUGUAUGGAUUUGGAUAUUUUAGAAUGGAGAAGACUAUUCAAUCAUA